AAGUACUCAACCAGGAUUAGAAUUUAUAGAAGCAAAAUUCUAUUGAUGAACAUCGUUUGCAGAAUGUGCUCAAAACUCUUCAACAUCAUAGAUUUGUUAGACAGUCAGUCAGUCUAAAAAUAGCUAUCCCGAUCAAUAAUAUUUCAUUUUUAUGUAUCAUUAUUUGUAGUGACUUAACAAUGUGCAUGUAUACAAUGAUUUAAUUGUAUCAUCAAUAAAAAGAUGUCAUUGAUUACAAAUACAAUUGACCUUGGACAGUGAUUUCUUUAUAUCCAUACAUAUUCGUGCAAAACAUGAUUUGUUUAUUGAUCCGUAUAUAUGUAUAUGAUAAACAUAAUUAAAUAAAUCAUUUUUUGAUUGAUGCACACACUUUGGCGAUAUACGCUAAAUUAAUUAAACUAGCGAUUAUUAGUAGUUAAUCAGUUUUCAGAAUAGUUUGACCAUUCAUUCAUCCACAUGAUGUUGCUUAAUUGUUGUAUUGUUAAAAAAUCUAAUCUCUUCAAAAAUAUUAUUCAUACUAAACGUUAUGCAAUGUCUGCUGAUAUAAAAACUGUUCUGGCUUCCAAACAUUACGGUUUUAUGGGGUCUGGUAAUAUGUCUCAAGCAUUGGUCAAAGGUUUUCUAGCCUCAAAUGUAAUCACUGGUUCGCAAGUUACAAUGACUGAUCGGUAUGGUUUAUCAUUUCCAGAUGCAGAGUUUCUGAUACCGCUGAAAGCUCUAUGUUCUAAAUAUGGAGUAGAAUAUAUACAAACAAAUGAACCAAUGGUUGAAAAAAGUGAUGUCGUGUUCGCCUGUGUUAAACCACACAUAUUACUACCAGCUCUAAAAAGUCUAUCCGAUCGUUUAAAUGAUAAACUUUUGGUUUCUAUUGCUGCAGGGAUUACACUAGACCAAAUACAACAGGCUGUGCCGAAAUCUACUCGAAUUAUCCGUAUUAUGCCUAAUACACCGUGUCUGGUUGGUGUUGGUACUGCAGUGUAUGCACAUACAUCUUCUGUUACUGAAGAAGAUAUUAAUUUGAUUUCUGCCUUAUGUUCAUCAAUCUUUCCUGUAUUUGAAGCUAUCCCGGAAUCUUUAUUUAAUGCAGCUGUUGGAGUAUCAGGAUCAUCUCCUGCUUAUAUUUAUAUGAUCACUGAAGCAAUUACAGAUGCUGGUGUUCUAUUAGGUUUACCACGCCCAAUCGCACAGAAACUAAUUGUCAAUACUAUAUUAGGCUCAGCUGUAAUGAUGCAAAAAACUGGCAAAAGUACAACUGAAUUAAAAAAUGAAGUUUGCUCACCUGGCGGGACAACAAUUCAAGGUGUUUAUGCUUUAGAGAAAGGUAAUCUACGAGCUACACUUAUGGAUGCAGUGCAGAAAGUUUGUGCACGUGGAGAAGAAUUAAGCAAGAAGUCCUAAUGUUUUAUGCACUAUUUUCCAUAGUUCUGUUACUCUAUGAAGUGUGUGUAAUAUUUCUUCUAUAUAUUAUUAUAAACAUCAUAUUCAAUAACAAUGUUUGUUGUAUUUAAAAGUGUGUAUCUGGAAAAUUUUUCAGUUACGAUUUAUUGUGGUGUUAAAGAUCUUUGUAAGGGAAUUUUACUCAACUAAUAGAGGACUUCCUUACAUUCUCGGCUCUGUACACUUUUCUUUCAUAAUACAGUGUAUAUUUAUUUGAUAAUCCUAUAGAUAGGCUACUUCAAUCAUUAAUGUUAUAACUCCAGUGGCUUAUUUUCAGUUUUUAAUUAUGUAUUUUUACUGUGAAUGUUUUCUUGCUAGUUAAAUCAAUUACUUGAACGUACAUUUUGAUACUAAGAUUUAGAAAAAAGUGAAUUCGUAUUUCUCUGUUUGAAUUGUUUUUCAGUACUUUACUAACUAUUCUCUGUUGUUAAUUGAGUUAAGUUUAAGUAGAGAUUUCUGUGCACCUACUAA